AUGGCUUCGUCACCGGCAUUGUUUACUGCCUCACGCAGCCAGACACUGACGUAUCUCUUGGCGGUAUGCCCCUUCUCCAUCGCCUUCCUAGUCUACAUCAAUUCCUCCAUCUCUUUCGUGGUAACAGACUUGAUUGGUCUUCAUGAUGGGGAGGGCGACGCCGUUGGAACUCUGGGGUUCGCAGAUGAACUCCUUGCGCUAGCUGCCUGCCCUCUUUGGGGUGUUCUAUCUGACCGAAUCGGAGUCCGCCAUGUAUGUACUGCAGGCUACGCUAUUGUAGCACUCGCGCUAGUUCUAUUUGUACAGGCCACAAAUAUCUACCCCCAGCUUCUGUUGGGAAGGUUGCUCUUUAGUGUCGGUGGUUCGGCGGUCUCGACUAUGGUCACUGCAGUCCUGCCGACUGUCACGGGCAGAGCUUCCAAUGCCCAGGCUUACCGUGUUUCCGUUUCUUCGGAGUUGACCAUCACCCCGGAGCGAGCCCGGAAUGCCCAUUCCAUAAGUGCGGGUGCUUCCAAUGCAUCGCCGUCCGCCCGACUCUCCGGGUUUGUUGGCUUGUGCGCUGGCUGUGGCGCACUCGUGGCACUGGUCGGUUUUCUGCCGCUUGCCGCCCGGUUUGAGAAAAUGGGAUUGUCGCCAUCGCAGGCGAUCCAACGCAGCUAUUAUUUGGUUGCUGCCGUAUCCCUUGGUAUCAGCCUUGUAUGUUUCAUUGGACUCCGUGAUCUCCCAGGAGAAGAAGGAAAAAGUUGGAGUGCGCUAUGGAAAACCUCCAGUAUCUUGUCUGACGAAGAAUCUGACGACGACGAACUAUUUAUCCACGGUUCACGAAUGCCAUACUGGAAGCAGUUAACGACUGCCCUUACGCUGGGGUUCCGGGACCGCAGCAUUGGACUGGGAUAUGUCGGAGGAUUCGUUGCCCGAGCUUCCUCUGUGGGAAUCUCAUUGUUCAUUCCUCUUGCUGUCAAUCACUACUACCGGGCAUCAGGACUCUGUGACGAGAAACGAGAGCCGGUGCCUGGGUCGGGAUUAGGAGAUAUCAAACAAGCAUGCCCACGGGCGUACAUCGUCGCAUCCAUACUGACCGGGGUAUCGCAACUGGUGGCAUUGAUUGCAGCACCAGUGUUCGGGUACCUGACCGAUAAAUCACGACGAUACAACUUCCCACUUCUUUUCGCCGCAUUGGUGGGUAUCAUUGGCUACAUCGCAUUCGCCAUGCUCCCUAGCCCUCUAUUUGAGGGCCCCGACGGUACUCCGAGCGUAUUUGUCAUAAUGGCUCUGCUUGGAAUCAGUCAAAUUGGAGCAAUUGUCUGUAGUUUGGCCGUGCUGAGCAACGGCAUCUUGCGGGUCAGCGUCGACGCCGAGGCAUUGAGAAAGGUGUACGAGGAACGACGUGGUCGUGGGGAUGAAAAUGAGUCAGAGCCCGACGAGCGUCAGUCUCUUCUUGCGGGGCCCGUCAACCGAAGACUUGAGCAUCUGUCACAUCUGAAAGGCUCCAUUGCUGGGGUGUAUUCACUAUACGGAGGGGCAGGCAUCCUGCUGUUGACCAAAGUGGGUGGGCUGUUGUUUGAUGUGCUGUCAUCGGGCACACCGUUCUAUAUCAUGGCCGGUUUUAACGGUGUGUUGCUCAUCGUCGGAAUUGUGUGUGGGGCCCUCAAUCAUUUCGGAUCGUCGCUGGAAAGGAAUCGGUGA